AUGUCUCGCACCGGCACCUGUCUCUGUGUCCUGUGCGGUUUACCGGCAGCGGGAAAAUCCAGCCUUGCGGAGGUGCUGCGGGGUCGCGCGCGAAACCGCGGCUGGGACACGCUGCUGGUGACGUAUGACGAAUUGAUCCCUGCACGGGACUGGCGCGAGGCUGAAUGGAAGCAGCAAAGGAAGACGGUUCUGACGUGUCUGGAGAGAUUCCUGCAUCAGACACACACACUAUCAUCUGAUCAGACACACAAACACACCGACGAUGACGUCUGGUUGCACUUUCAGCAGAUACACAAGCAGAGCACAUCACAAACACAAACUCAGCCUCUCCUCGUGCUGCUGGAUGACAACUUCUAUUAUCAGAGCAUGAGAUAUCAAAUCUACCAGCUCGCCAGAAAGCAUUCAACAGGCUUCUGUCAGGUGUUCCUGCAGUGUUCCCUGGACGUUUGUCUCCAAAGAAACCAGCGGAGAUCCCUGAGUGUUCCUGAUGAAGUGCUGGUACAGAUGUCUGACCGGAUGGAACCUCCAGACGGGAGCAGAAACUCUUGGGAGCAACAGAGCCUGACGGUGGACAGCACAGAUGAAGUCACAGAUGAAGAUGUUCAAAAGCUGAUGAACUUGUUGGAAUCUACCAUGGCAAACCCGUUAAGUCCCUUCCAGGAUGACUCUCAGCUCAAGGAGGCAGACAGACAGAUUUGUGCAGCUAACAUUCUCCACCAAGCUGAUCAGAUGUGCAGGCGGCUCAUUUCUCAAGCGAUGACAUCAGUUCGCGAGAAUCAGGCAUCUUCAGAUGUUCUGAAGGUUCUUGCUAAGGAGCUGAAUAAUUUAAAGACUCAUUUCCUGCAAGAGCUGAAGAAGGAGCUCCAUCGUCGUGUUUCUCUCAGCCCAGAAGAGCCAAUAAAUACAGAGAAACUUCUGAUGACAGCGGAGAGAGCAUUUAAGAGGGACACACAAAACUGCAUACAAACACAAAUAAAUGAACACUAGACUUUGUACA